AACGCGAACGCGCCGCGGAAAGGUCGUGCCACACCACGCCACCUUCCGCCACACGCAUCUAUAACAUUUAUCACACAAACUAUCAUCAUAACAAAAAUAACAAACUUCGUGAUCAUCACAAAAAUAUCAACGCGCUUUAUGGACUGACGACAACAAGGACCACAGUGCAGUGAAAUGCUAUCUAGUUUUUCUUCAAAGUGUAACACGUACUUUGUUUCGGAAAUGGUGAUAUCGACCCACGGAGAGUGUUUAUGAGACAUUUUGUAGUGAAAUGAAAGAUCUGUGAUAAUGUAUGCCGUAACGACUGUUUUGUGUGCGCUACUGCACAUUAGCGCUGCGGUGCUUCCCUACGGCUCGGACAAGUGCGUCCGGGAUAGGGACUCGGAGAGUGUUGUUUGCAAGACACGGACUCUUGACGGUGAUGGUGACAGUAUUUCUUCAGUGACUCCGGAUACCACCCGCUUAAACAUCGAGUGUAACCAUUUACUACUCUUCGAAAGCUCGCUGCGGGCCCGCUACUUCGGCCGUGUUACGGGUCUAACUGACCUCUCUAUCACAAACUGCAAGCUUCUACAUGUGCCAGACAACACGUUCCAGGAUCUCGGCAGACUCAAAAGGCUGAAACUACGCUCAAAGAACUACGAAUGGAUUCCGACGAAGAAUUUGGAGUUAUCUUUAAACGCCUUCAAUGGAUUACCCAAGUUGGAAUCGCUGGAUCUCGCCCAAAAUAACAUAAAAUUUAUUCCAUCCGGCGUGUUUUGUCCUUUAGGAAAUUUGACUACAUUAAACUUGACAAAUAACAGAAUAAGAACAGUUGGACAACUUGGGUUUGGCCAGGGCUGCGGAUUGAACGUUCGCAGUUUGGAUUUGAGUAACAACGAGAUUAAAACUCUGCCGGAAACAUCGGAAAUACUCAAACUAGGAAGUUUGCGGUAUUUAUAUUUGCAACAUAACAAUAUCACAGACAUAUCAAACGAUGUUUUUAAUGGACUACUAAUUCGGGUUCUAAACAUAUCACACAAUAAACUAGAAAUGCUGCCCGAAGGAUUGUUUGCUAAUGCACGAGAGUUGAGGGAGCUAUAUUUGAACGACAAUUCGCUCUAUGAAUUAGGGCCAGGCGUGUUCCACCGCUUAGAGGAACUAAUUGUCUUAGAUUUAUCAAGCAAUCAACUGACAAGCAACCAUAUCGACGACGGCACGUUCAAAGGAUUGAUACGCUUGAUUGUCCUAAACUUAGCUAAUAACGCCUUGACGAGAAUCGGAGAGAAAACUUUCAAAGACUUAUUCUUCCUACAAGUAUUGAAUUUGAAAAACAAUUCUAUUGGUUAUAUCGAAGACAAUGCCUUCUUGCCAUUGUACAACUUACACACAUUGAAUUUGGCUGAAAACCGUUUACACACAAUCGACCAGAACCUAUUCAACGGAUUAUUUGUACUUAGCAAAUUGACUCUCAAUAACAAUUUGCUUGUGAACAUCGAUCGAAAAGCCUUCAAGAACUGUUCCGAUUUGAAAGAAUUGGACUUAAGUUCUAAUCAACUAAUGGAUGUUCCCGAAGCUAUCUGGGAGUUGUCUUUCUUGAAAACACUCGACUUAGGCGAGAAUCAAAUAUCAAACUUCAGAAACGGCUCCUUCAAAAACCUCAACCAAUUAACUGGCCUGAGAUUGAUUGACAAUCAGAUUGGAAAUCUCAGCGUCGGAAUGUUUUGGGACUUACCAAGCUUACAAGUACUCAACAUUGCUAAGAAUAAAAUUCAAUCAAUAGAACGCGGUACUUUCAGCCGAAAUACACAGCUGGAGGCAAUACGGCUUGAUGGAAACUACUUGUCGGAUAUCAACGGUGUCUUCUCUUCGCUAGCAAGUUUAUUGUGGCUGAAUCUAUCGGAAAAUCAUCUAGUGUGGUUCGAUUACGCGUUUGUGCCUAGUAAUCUAAAGUGGUUGGACAUUCACGGCAACUAUAUCGAACACUUAGGAAACUAUUACAAGUUACAAGACGAAAUUCGCAUAAAGACUCUAGACGUUAGUCAUAAUCAUAUAGUGGAAAUUUCACCUAUCGCAAUUCCUAAUAGUGUAGAGUUAUUAUUCAUAAAUAAUAACUUUUUGAACAAUAUCCAUGUGAACACGUUUUUCGAUAAGAAAAAUCUUACGCGAGUGGACAUGUACGCGAACGAAAUAGUGCGUUUAGAUUUGAAUAGUUUGCGUUUGUCAACAGUGCCCCAAAAUAAAAGUUUACCUGAGUUCUAUAUCGGGGGCAAUCCGUUCCAGUGCGACUGCUCUAUGGAAUGGCUGCCGAUCAUAAACAAUAUGACUGCUAUGCGGCAGUACCCGCGUGUGAUGGACCUGGAGAAUGUUUUGUGUAAAAUGACCAACACUCGCAGUGGAACUCAUGUGCCCUUAACUAAUCUUAAGACUACAGACUUUCUUUGUAAGUAUGAGACUCAUUGUUUUGCCAUCUGUCACUGCUGUGAUUACGAUGCGUGUGAUUGUGAAAUGACUUGCCCUCAAAAUUGUACCUGUUAUCAUGAUCCCCUGUGGAAUACUAAUGUUGUAGACUGUUCUGGACAAUCCUCAACGGAAAUACCCCAGAAAAUUCCAAUGGACGCUACCGAAGUAUUUUUAGAUGGGAAUGAUAUUAGAGAAUUACAAAAUCAUGUAUUUAUUGGUAGACAAAAAAUGAGAUCUUUGUAUGUAAAUAAUAGUAAUGUAGAUAGUAUUCAAAAUAUGUCUUUCGCGGGACUAAACGCUUUACAAAUUCUUCAUCUCGGUAAUAAUAAGUUAAAAGAGCUGAAAGGUUUUGAAUUUCAUCAAUUAACUAACUUAAAAGAACUGUUUUUGCAAAAUAAUCUUAUCAGUCAUAUCGCUAACAUAUCAUUCCUUUCAUUAAAAUCUUUAGAAAUAUUACGCCUCGAUGGGAACAGAUUAGUCGAUUUUGGUGUUUGGACUUUUAAUAACAACCCCAGUUUAAAAGCUCUGUCUCUUGGGAACAAUUUGUGGUCGUGUAAAUGUCGCUACCUGCAGGAAUUAACUGCGUACCUGGCAGAGAGUGCGCAAAAAAUCAUUGACAUUACUGACGUAUGGUGUUGGAACGGAGACGCGAAGCCGCCGCAGAAAAAAGAACUCAAUUUGAACGGCACAGCCUGCAGCGAUUAUUAUGCCGAUAAUUCAGUGAUCGGAAACAUGCUGGUGUCCAACUAUGUUCCCAUGAUGGUGUCGACUCUCACCGGGUUUAUGUUAAUUUUAUUGGCUCUUGUAGUACUGUUUCUUUUUAGAGAUACACUCAGAGUAUGGCUUUACACGAACUGCGGCAUUCGAGUAUUCUCAUUCGCUGGAGAUUUUGAAGACAGCGAAAAGUUGUAUGAUGCUUAUGUGUGUUAUAGUCCGAAAGAUGAAGAAUUUGUAAUUCAGUCUCUAGCGCCCAAAUUGGAAGGUGGGAACCCCUCGUACCAUCUUUGUCUACAUUACAGAGACAUUCCACAUCACGGGGCCCAAUAUAUGCAAUGUGCGCCACCAGUGAUAGAAGCGGCGGAAGCGUCGAAACGUAUAAUAAUAAUUCUUACGAGAAAUUUCAUGCAAACAGAGUGGGCCCGAUAUGAAUUCCGUCAAGGGUUGCACGACGCGCUCAAAGGGUGCAUUCACAAACUAAUCCUAAUAGAGGAGUGCACGGUCGUGCCAGAUGCAAUGUGCGACCCUGAUCUGCGACCUUAUUUAAAAACAGGGUACCGGCUCAGAUGGGAUCAGAAAAAGUUUUGGGAGAAUCUUAGGUACGCGAUGCCCAAUUCGAGCGGGCAUAAAGGGCGAAGUCAUAAUUAUAGGAAGAGUAUAAACACUUAUACGUUAGACUCAUCAGUGCCUAAUGGGGGGAAUCGUACUUUGCAGUAUCCUGAUAAGUCGCCAGUAUUGGGUGGGCAGGGGGCGAGCGCUCCUCCUGAGUAUAACAGCGAGGUGCGUCAGUCGCCUUCUGCUAUGAGACAGACGCAGGGGGUCGUGUACGGUCCUGAUGGCAGGCCUAUCUCAGAUCAUAUUUAUUCGUCAAUAGAUUCUGAUUACUCUUCUUUAGAGCAUGGCAUGGCCCCCGGCCGGCGGCGCGACAUGCGCCAAUGGCCGCCGCCACCGCCUCUGGUAGACACUGGCAAUACCGUGCAAGGUUACCUAGUCUAAAGGGCGAAGCGUGCCCACCUUCCAGUCAUUGUAUAUAAUAGAUCUAAACCAAUAGUCCGCUGUAUAUAUUGUAAUUAUUAGCUAGUAAGUGCUAUACCAAAUCUAUGUAAUUGAACUAUUAUUGCCUGUUCGUUAUCCUGUGUAUAGAUUGUAAUAAAAUUUUAAAGACUGCUGUAGUAUAUGAGUAUUGUAAAUAGCAAAAACAAGUGAUGAUAGUAUAUUGAUAAUAGUGAUAAUGCGUUAUUUA